UAUGCCACAUGACACAUUUCUUAGAAUAUUAAAAAAAGGUCCAUUUUAAAUAAGUCUUGCAAAAACACUUGCAUAUCAUCUAAUUUAAAUUCUAGCUACUUUACAUAAUCAUUAAAUAGCUCAUUGUGAUAUAAAGCCAGAGAAUAUAUUAAUAGCUGCAGAUUAUAAAGUCAAACUAUGUGAUUUUGGAUUUGCUAGAAUUACUUAAUAAUUGUAAAGACCUCCUGGGGGUACACCUGGAUACACAGCACCAGAAAUUUAUAAAGGAAAUAAUUUAGAUUUAUUUAAAUGUGAUAUUUUUGCAUUAGGUGUUGUAAUAUUCAUUAUUUUUUUGGGAUUUCCACCAUUUUAAAGCAAUGAUCCUACAUUGAGAGAUUAAUGGUGGAAUAUGAUAUUGAAUAAAUAAUAUGAUAUUUUUUGGAAAAAAUGUGAAUAAUAUAGAUAGCAAAAAUAUCCUUAAGAAUUUAAAGAUAUGAUUAUGCAAAUGUUAGAACCUGAUCCUGAUAAAAGAAUUUGUAUACAAUAAUUAAUUCAACAUUCUUGUUUAUAAAAUGGAGCACCACUUGAACAAAUUGUUUAAGAAGUGCAAAAGAGAACGAAAAAAUGA